AGAUGGCGCGUUGUUGCAGUUUUACCGAAUACUAUGUACAGUUGAAAACGCAUGGCAUGCACCAUGCAUCCUGCACGGUCGAGCAGUACCUGUGGCAUGCAUUGUUUCCUUCAUGAUAAAUAAAUAAAAGCGCGUUACAUUCGAGCGACCAUCACCGGAAUUUAGUGAUAAUGAAAGUGUGUAGUGCUUAGGUGAUCAUUGAAUGUGAUAUCUUCCUAAAUGUAAAUUAAAAGGUUCCGUUUACAUCCAGUUCGCGAGUAAGUGAACGAGUGCGGUCAGCCGUUGGCUGGUGAUAUCGUUUGUGUAUAAAUUUUCAUUUCAAAUACCGGUAUUUUUCUGUAUGUGCUGGAAUUACCGAAACAUGAGAAAGCAGCAGUGACUAUAAACUUUAAAGAGUUCCAAAAAGGUUCAAUACAGUAUUUGUGUUUAGUGCACACAAAAACAUGGCUACAUCUACCUCACGAACGAAGAUAGUGGAACAACUCAACACCGAGGAAGAGUUGCGAGAGCAGGGAGUACCCCGAGCCAUCCACUUUCUGCAAUGGACCAACAUACAGAUAAUUGAAUUCCUUGCUCGCAAUCGUCUCAUACGCAAUACGCUUAACUGCGAUGCAUGUCGAUGCGCGCGUGUGUUCGUCGUAAGAAGUUCAUCGGUCGAUGGCUUCAUCUGGCAAUGCAAGAGGUGCGGCGCGAGGAAAACAAUUCGUGUGGACUCAUAUUUCGAAAGUGACAGGAUCCCUUUGCAGACUAUAAUGACGAUUAUGGGCUACUGGGCAUUCGGCCAAACUAUAGAGACCAUCGCACGCGAAAUGAACGUUUCAAGAAACAGUGUUUUAAAAUGGGGUCAGAAGUACCGCCAAGUUAUUCAAGCUUCACGAUUGCAGAACCCGCCUAUAUUAGGGGGAUACAAUGAGGAUGAGGAAGAGUUUGGUGUUGUGGAGCUGGAUGAAACACAUUUGGUCAAAGAAAGUUCCAGACCUGGCCGAGAGCAGAAGGAUCAAUGGCUGUUUGCAGGGAUCCAGCGUGAAACAGGCAAGUGUUUCAUCAUGGAGGUGCCUAAUAAUAAAGCCACCACACUACUCCCAAUUAUUAAAAAACAUGUACUUCCUGGCACCGUUAUAAUGACACACGCAAGUAAAGCAUAUGAAAAUUUAGCCAAUCAGGAUGGCGGCAUAUACAUGCAUCACAUAGUUGGAGACAAAGCUAACAUUGUCAGCUUGCAGCAUCCCUACAUCCACACCCGGGGGGUAGAAAGGCUCUGGUCGAGCCUGAAAUUGUUGUUACGCCUCCGAAAUGGUUUUCAUCGGCAAGGGUUUGCGGAACACCUCGACGAGUUUGCCUGGAGGCAGGAGACCCCGACUCCGGAGUUGUUUACUGAAUUUCUAAUUAUGGUUGCAAUCACUCAUAGAAUACCUAAAAGUGAAAUAUAUAAUUAAAUACUACUCGACAAAA